AUGCAAGAUAUUAAUGAAGAAUCAAUAUAUGUUGUUUCAUUUAAAGAAAAAUUAAAAAAUAUUACCGAAAAAGUUUUAAAUUCAACUAUUCCUCAUAAUGAAGAAUGUUCAGAUGCUAAACCAUGUUCUGAUGGUUUGAUUAUUCCUGCAUGGACUCCAGUUACUGGUAUAAGUAUAUAUACAAAAAUAUGGAGAGGAUUUGUUUAUUUUUUAGCUUUGACAUAUCUUUUUUAUGGAGUUUCUAUUGUUGCUGAUAGAUUUAUGUCUGCUAUUGAAGUUAUUACAUCUCAAGAAAAAGAAGUUAAAUUAAAAAAAGCAAAUGGUGAACCAUAUACUGUUCUUGUAAGAAUAUGGAAUGAAACUGUUAGCAAUUUAACAUUAAUGGCUCUUGGUUCAUCUGCACCAGAAAUUCUUCUUUCUGUUAUUGAAAUUUUUGCUAAUAACUUUGAAGCGGGUGAUUUAGGGCCAAGUACAAUUGUUGGUUCUGCUGCUUUUAAUUUGUUUGUUAUUAUUGCAAUUUGUAUUUUAUGUGUUCCAUCAAAUGAAAUUAGAAGAAUUGAUAGAUUAGAUGUAUUUUGGACAACAGUAAUUUGGUCAACAUUUGCCUAUAUUUGGUUAUACUUAAUUCUUGAAGUAUUUUCACCAAAUAUUGUUGAAGUAUGGGAAGGUGUAUUAACAUUUAUGUUUUUUCCUUUAACUGUAUUAACAGCAUUUUAUGCAAAUACUAGAACUGUUCCAUUUGGACAAAAAAUUAUUACAGCAAGAACUGGAAGGGCUAUAAUUAGAAGAGAUCCAGAAAAUAAUAAAGAAUCAUUAAAAAGAGAUACAGAUGUUAAUAUGAGUCUUUUAGAUCAAUCACAAGCUGCUAGUGUUUUAGCAUAUCAAAAUCAGAAAAGAAUUUUUAUGGAAACUUUUCAUCAAUUAAGAAAUGAAAAUCCUGAUUUAUCAAUUUCCGAAUUAGAACAACUAGCUACGGAAACAAUUGUAAUGAGUGCCCCAAAAAGUAGGGCAUUUUAUCGUAUUCAGGCUUCUCGUGAAUUAACUGGUUCUGGAAGUUUUGGACCCAAAAGAAUUAAAAAAAAAGCUAAAGCUUUACUAACUUCAGAUACAAAUGAAAAUAAUGAUGUUGUGACGGUAGAAUUUGAAACACUUCAUACAAUGUGUUUAGAAAAUUGUGGUACAACACACGUUAGAGUAAAAUGUGAUAGAGGUGGAUUAAAAGGAAAUAUUAAUGUUCGUGUAAAUUAUAGAACAGAACCAGGAACAGCUGAAGAAAAUACUGAUUUUGUUCCAACAUCAGGUGUAUUACUUUUUAAACCUGGUGAGGAAUUUCAAACAAUUUCAAUAAAAAUUGUUGAUAAUGAUAUUUAUGAAGAUGAUGAAACAUUUACAAUUGUUUUAUCAAAUGCCACUGCAGAAAUGACUGAUAAUAAUAAAUUAACUGUUCCAGCACGUUUAGGUGUAAAAUCAGUUGCUACAAUUUUAAUUAUUGAUGAUGAUCAUUCUGGUCAUUUUAUGUUUAAAUCAGAAGUACAGAAAGUUCCAGAAAAUGUAGGAAUUUAUGCUCUUGAAGUACAACGUUCCCGUGGUGCAAGAGGAAAAGUUCGAGUUCCAUUUACUGUAAAAAAUGGUAUGGCUUUAGAAGGUCGUGAUUUUAUAAUAAAAACAAAUGAAUUAAUUUUUGAUGAUGGUCAAACAAAAGCAUUUAUUAAUAUUGAUAUUAUAAAUGAUGAUGAAUAUGAAAAAUCUGAAGAUUUUUUUAUUUAUCUUGAAGAACCAGUAUCUUUAGAUGGAAAUACAGGACCAGUUGAAGAAGGUGAACCCGAUGGAUCACCACAACUUGGAGAAAUAACAAGAUGUAAAAUUGUUAUAACAGAAGAUAAAGAAUUUAAAAGUUUUGUUGAUAAAAUGAUAACAUCAGCAAAUACUUCACUACUUGUUGGUACAUCAUCAUGGAAACAACAAUUUUCAGAAAUAUUUGAAGUUGAAGAUUCUGAUGGUGAUGGUACAAUAAGUACUAAAGAAAAAUGUCUUCAUUAUUUUUCCUUACCAUGGAAAGCAAUGUUUGCUUUGAUUCCACCAACAGAAUACUAUAAUGGUUGGUUAUGUUUUUUUGUAUCAAUUGUUGUUAUUGGUAUUUUAACAGCAAUUAUUGGUGAUGUAGCUUCUCAUUUUGGUUGUACAAUUGGAUUAAAAGAUUCUGUUACAGCUGUCUCUUUAGUAGCUUUAGGAACUAGUAUACCAGAUACAUUUGCAUCCAAAACAGCAGCAAUACAGGAUAAAUAUGCAGAUUCAUCCAUAGGUAAUGUAACUGGUUCUAAUGCAGUUAACGUAUUCCUUGGUAUUGGUAUCGCUUGGGCAAUUGCAGCCUUUUAUCAUUCACGAAAUGGUACUCAAUUUAAGGUAAAUGCGGGAUCACUAGCAUUUAGUGUAACUUUAUUUGUCAUUGGAUCAUCUAUUUGUAUCGGAUUAUUGAUGUAUCGGAGAAGUAGAAAAAAUAUUGGCGGAGAAUUAGGAGGGCCUGCCAAAACAAAAAUAAUAUCUGGAUGUAUAUUUAUUGCAGUUUGGUUGAUGUAUCUAACACUAAGUAUUUUAGAUGCUUAUUGUAUUCUCUGA